GGAAGAAGGAGGGCAGACGAUAUGAUUAUUUCAAGAAAUUGCACUGAUUUCUGACAGGGAAUUUGCUAAUAAUUGGUUUGAUGGGGGAGAUUGGAGCUAUGAUGGCCAGGCUUGAACAAGAAGGGCUUAAUAUUGAGGAGCUCAUCAACUAUGAACUUGAAGCCGCCGGKUUUUUGUCGCUUGCAGCAAGAUCCACUGAUUCGCUUUCAGAUAGGAUUGAUGCCAUCUCUGGAAAUCAAAGUGAGCUAAAAUGCUUGUUCAAGUCUAUUGAAGAUCAAUUACGCGUGGUGCAAGAAGAGGAAAACAUCCCUGAAAGUCUCUUAGAUGAUAAGAUGUUUGUAGACAAUGACGCAGGAGUGAAGCAUGUAAUCGUAAUWGACGAUGAUGAUGAUAUACCCAAGAGUGACUUUAAUGGRCAAGUUGACCUAGAGCCUAGUCCUUCUCAUGUUAAAACACAAAGCCARCCAUUGUCUAAACCAACUGAAACUAYAAAUAGUAGCCAGCCAACUAAACCAGCAGAUMAAAUAGUUACUUCAGUACAGAGCUCAAAAACAUUGACUACRACARCUAAGACUACCACUCCAGCAAUAAGCAGCCCAGCACCUUUGAGGAAUAGCGAAGCAACUCAGUUGUCUUCAAAACCAGAAGAUAUCCCACAAUAUAAAAGACCAGAUACAUUGAAGACCACGCCCGUUAKYACUGCUCAAGAUACACCKCAUAACACGCCUUUAAACACACCUAUAGAUACACCCGAGAGUGUUAUAGCAUACAGGACGUUAAGGUCUCCGUCAGAWGAUGGACCUGAYAAAGCCAUUGUUAGUAUAACAGUGAAGUCAUCUCAGCCWRUCAUACCCCCUCAGMAUCUAAGGGGUGCAGCUGUACCCACCACACCCUCYAUAGAUGYUGAGCCWGCARCACAGUAAGUGUACAURAAAUCAGAGUUACACAAUGAUAAUAGAUGA